AUAUAUCGUCUGGUGGUCACAAUAAAUAGCUACUAAUUGUAUUCAUAUUUGAUUACGGUAUACUCUUAGUUGAUAAGGAUGAAAAUUAAACCUUUUAUCUACAUGUUCUUUAUUUGUGCCCUAAUUCUUAACUCUAUUGUGGUAAUCGAGUCAUCCAAAUUUGGUGCAAGAGAAGAAUCCAAAACAAAUACUGGAAUAGAUGGUUUGACAGAUUCAGAAGGAAGACGACAAAAUGGUGGUGGAAAUGGCAGGGGUGCAAAAGGAGAAGGUGAACGCAAUGGAAGUGUAAAAGACAACGGAGGUCGAACGGAUAACAAAAGAAGUGGUCGCAUUGGUGAAGGUUGGCAUUUAAGAGGUCCAAUAGAUUCAGGAGGUGGCUUUAACAGUAAAAAUAAAAAUGGAGGGCGUACCCGUAGAGGACGACUUCCAUGAAAAUCAGACAUAUGCAUGUUUGUUUGGUAUCCUAUAUAAUGGAAGCAUGGACUCUACCUUGCUCUAUACCUAUAGUCUGUAAUAGGAUGAGCAUAUAUAUUUUCCUAAAUUAAUAUGUAUUUCACCCAUAAAAAAGUAUCAUGGUUACAUGUUAUAUUAUUUUGUACUUACAUAUUAUUACAGUUAAGUGGAUAAAAAUAUCAUGGUUUGAUGUUAUAUUA